AUGGACCCCAGGGGCAUCCUGAAGGCUUUUCCUAAACGGAAGAAAAUUAAUGCCAAUCCGUCAUCAAAAGUACUUGCAAAAAUUCCCAAGAAGGAAGAUGGAGAAGCAGCAGGAGAGUGGCUGAGCGCCCUUCGGGCCCAUAUUGUACCCACUGGCAUUGGGCGAGCCCGGGCUGAACUCUUUGAGAAGCAAAUUGUCCAGCAUGGUGGUCAGAUAUGCUCUGCCCAGGCCACAGGGGUCACUCACAUUGUGGUGGAUGAAGGCAUGGACUGUGAGCGGGCUCUCCGUCUCCUUAAACUGGCCCAGCUGCCUCCAGGUGCCCAGCUGGUGAAGUCUGCCUGGCUAAGCUUGUGCCUUCAGGAGAGAAGGCUGGUGGACACAGCAGGAUUCAGCAUAUUCAUCCCUGACAGGUACCUGGACCAGCCGCAACCAAGCAAGGCCAGCCAAGACUCUUCUGCUCCUCUUGAUUCCCAUGCAGCUGUCCUCAGAACACCCUUCUCUCAUCCUUCUGCCAGACCUGUAUCUCCUCUUCGAAAGGCAGAAGAAGCCCCAAGCACUCGAACCGAGCUCGGCUCUGAUGAUGAAACCAGCGAUGGAGAAGAGACCCAGGUUAGUGCAGCUGAUCUGGAAUGCCUGAUCAGUGGCCACUAUCCCACCCACCUUGAGCAAGAUGGUGAGCCCAGCCCUGCCCCUGAGACCCUGGAUAAGUGGGUCUGUGCACAGCCUUCAAGCCAGAAAGCAACCAACCACAAUCCCCACAUCACAGAGAAGCUGGAAGUGCUGGCCAAAGCCUACAGUGUUCAAGGAGACAAGUGGAGGGCCCUGGGCUAUGCCAAAGCCAUCAAUGCCCUCAAGAGCUUCCACAAGCCUGUCACUUCUUACCAGGAAGCCUGCAGUAUUCCUGGGAUUGGGAAGCGAAUGGCUGAGAAGGUUGUAGAGAUCCUGGAAAGCGGGCAUCUACGGAAGCUGGACCAUAUCAGCGAGAGUGUACCUGUCUUAGAGCUUUUCUCCAACAUCUGGGGAGUUGGAACCAAGACCGCCCAGAUGUGGUACCAUCAGGGUUUCCGGAGCCUGGAAGACAUCCGCAGCCAAGUCUCCCUGACCACUCAACAGGCCAUUGGCCUGAAGUAUUAUGAUGACUUCCUGGAACGCAUGCCCAGGGAGGAGGCUACAGAGAUCCAGCAAACAGUUCGAGAAUCAGCCCAAGCCCUCAACCCUGGGCUUCUAUGUGUAGCAUGUGGCUCAUACCGGCGGGGGAAGGCCACCUGUGGUGAUGUGGAUGUGCUGGUCACUCACCCAGAUGGCUGCUCCCACCGAGGUGUCUUCAGUCAGCUUCUUGACAGCCUCCGGCAACAAGGGUUCCUGACAGAUGACUUGGUGAGCCAGGAGGAUAAUGGCCAGCAGCAGAAGUACCUGGGUGUGUGUCAGCUCCCAGGGCCCGGCCGGAGGCACCGGCGACUGGACAUCAUCGUUGUGCCCUUCAGUGAGUUCGCCUGCGCCCUACUCUACUUCACCGGCUCUGCCCACUUCAACCGCUCCAUGCGGGCCCUGGCCAAGACCAAGGGCAUGAGCUUGUCAGAGCACGCACUCAGCACCGCCGUGGUCCGGGACACACAGGGCCUCAAAGUGGGGCCUGGCCAGGUGCUCCCCACCCCGUCUGAAAAGGAUGUCUUCAGGCUCCUAGGCCUCCCCUAUCGAGAACCAGCUGAGCGGGACUGGUGA